CUAUCUUCACUAAACUAACAAAGAUGGAUGGUUGCACUGAGUUGAAUUGACUUCUAACUCUAUUUAAAUUUGAUUAACAGAAACAACCGCAAUGUAGUCGCCAAAACACAACAGAUCACAGGGGGGUAUAUGGGGACAAAUUAAUUUCAACUCUAUAGCAACAAAAAUUAACACAACGCACUGAAGAGCAACUAAUAAUUACAAUACGAUAGACGUCCGAAAAUGCCCGUGACUUUUGCGGAGGACGUUAGGGAUACCGCUGUUGGUACAUCUGGCGGUAAUGUUCUGUCAGAUGCGGCGUUGGAGGAGAGACGCAAAACAUUGUACGGGAUAAGUAACCGUAUAAAGGGAGAACAGUUAAAGAAGACGCUGACAAGAAGCCACGUAUUACAACCAGGAGAGUACAAUUUCACAGAGGAUAACCACAAAGAGCAUGGAAAAUGGGUCUCCUCAAAAUCGUUAGAUUAUUUGGGAAGUCGGCCAGCUGCCACGACUGUGCCAAACCCCAGUAUGAAACAACUAGAGACACAUUUCGCUAUAGGGAACGACAGCGGAAAACUCAUAGAGAACGCAACCUAUCAGAUGUCAGCGACGAAGGAAGACUUUGAUCGCAAGGAUGGUGUUGAGUGUGAGGUGAGACCUCCCGAUAGAACCAUUAAUUGGCCCGACAUGGCACCUAGAUACAUGAAAGAUCGCACCAUGGCGGGAACAGAGUACACAUCGGCGUUCAUGCAGGACAACAUGUUGAACCCAAGAGCGCCAACCUUCCCCAAAAUUGACACAUCAAAGUUGGAUUUAGGAAAGCUGAACUAUUUCCAUAAAGUAAAAGCACUGAAGGGGACAAAUGUUUCACUAGGUAGUGACGCAAAUAAUUACUUUGACUCAGAGACCAACAGAGCAUAUUGCCACUCAGCCCCUGCAGCUAGUGGUAGGACACAUCAAGAGGAAAUGACUCAAAUGAGGAAAGACGCAAAGAAAGUUUCGAAGUUCAUGAAAACUAUGGAGAGGGAAUCAAAUGUCUUCAGAAAUGGAGACUAUAAUGGAAUCACCCAGAGUUGUUUAACUACAGCAAUGACUGACUUUGGCAAGAAGCUUGGUAUUCCAAUGAAAACUAACACUACAAGUGUAUCUCUACCAUCUCUAGUCAAGAAUGUUAAUGAUGAAGAGGAAGAAGAAGAAGAGAGACUGACCACCAAGGUUCCGGGUCUUAUAGGUUACACAAUGCAUAACAAUCCAGCAUUCAAGGAUGCCUCAAGUGGUCAAUACUUCCAGGAAAAUGCUCACUUCAAGUUUGGACAUGACAAUGACAAACUUGGCUCCAUAUAUGAUAAAGACUUUGAGCUUGCUUCAAGGGCACCGCAUCAGGGGAAAAAUAUAGCUGUUGCCCCUAAAGAUUCUGAAGUUAUGCAGAAUGAUGCUAGGUAUGGGUUCGGAGUCAGUACAAAUAAUAGUGACUUUGUUCAACACACAAUUGAACUUUCAAAAAUCGUUGAUCCUAAUCGAUCUAAGGCGAUGCAGCGAAACAUGAGUCGUCGACAUGGAAACAAUGUAAUUUUAGCCUAUGAUAGCUCCAGGCAUAUGGCCGACAGGCAGAAAUCUAUUUCUGGAACAAGCUAUGCUGGCCCACCUUCUGACUUCAAGGCAAACGAGCCAAUCAAGGCUCCUCUUGCUAAAUAUAAUUACCUGGAGACUGAUGGUGUCCAUUAUCACCCAGUUGAGAAAAACAAGACCACAGAAGCCCAAUAUAACUACACAGGGGCCUUCAUGAACCCUCAGUUCUCAUUAGAAAGACGAAAGUGGAAGGAUGAUCAGACUAAGACGAGAUUGGAUGAUGGCAGAAGUACCCAUUUCAUCCUUGGAGACACAAGAGAUCAACUGGUUUCUGAGGCUACCCAUCAAUAUGCCGGCAACCCUCGUCUAGAUGCACAUAUGCCACCAGCUGGUAAAAAAGAAAUCAUCCCCAAAUUUAAAUUUAACCAUAUAAAUGUGAGUGAAAACACACAGGACUUGACCCCUAAGGGAAUUAACAACAUGUUCAUAGAUCCUUCCGUGCCAACAAUGCCUUUACAUAACAAUUCAGUGAUGAUGUCAGACUACAAAAAUCUACAUCAAAGAAGCUUCACAGCACCUCAACUUGUGAUGUUAGAACAGGACAAGAAGCUCAGCGCUAAACCUUGGGAGCAAUCCCAUUUCUUCCAUACAGAUACAUCUGGAAGAAAUAACCUAGAAACUACUACUAUGGCAGACUACAUCAAACCUGAAGGUAUGACGGGACAAAAAUUUCUGGCUGCUAGAUAGGUGGACUAAAACUCCUGUUGGUUAUCCUCAACAUGGGACAAUAUUUCUUUGAGUGUCUCCUCAAAAGGACAGAAAAUUCUAGCUGAGUUUAAAAGACUAUAAUGAUAGCUAGCAUUCUAUAAGAAAAAUAUUUCAAUAUACUAAGUUGUAUAUAUGUGCAUGUAUUGGUUGGCACUGAUAUUACACUCUGAAAGCUAUAUCUGUAGCAGUUCAUUAAGUGUGUUUUUACUCUCUUUUUCCUCUGUUUAUUCCUGGGAAUCCAAGUCUUCCUGGAGAAAGAGGUCAUUCAUUGGAAAUCUUAGAGAUAAAAUUGUGUUUUUUAGAAUUAUUCUUGAAAUUUCACUUAGUCCAUAUUACUUUACAUGAUUUUGCUUUGAUAAGAUUUGUGCAACGAAGCAAAGCUAAUGAAACUAUCAAGGAGGAUUGGCUCCCAGGAUCCAAACAAUUUUGUAUCAUGACAUGCCCAUAUAUGGGACAGAAUAUCAAUGUUGCACUCUGGGAGCCAAUCCUCCUUG